UAUAUUUAUGAAAUUUCUAGAGAUGAAUAUACAUGUCGUUUGCUAAUAGGCCACCAUUUUUUGAUUGCGUUAAUCAUUGAACUUGAAGUGUAGGCUCAUCGAAAUCAAUCAAGGUAAAUGAUGGGGAGUUUCGUCAACGCCUCCCAUCCGAUUUACAUGUAGGAUUGUGUCAGGCCAGGUCUAAAAUGGUAUCAAGAGAAAUCAUAUUAAGGGUAGUCGGAGCAGUAGGCUUAUUCUUCUUUUUGUACGUCGUUUUCAAGACCUCUCGACGCAAGAAUGGCCACAAAAAACCCAAGAUCAGGCAUUCACAGUCACAAACGGAAAGAGUUCACAAGACAUCAUCUGAUACUGACGAUGGCUGCAACAAUGGCUUGAAGAGAGCAGAAGAUAAAUGUUCGCAGACAGAACCCCCCACAAAACUUACAGAUGCCUUCCCAAAUGAGUUCUCCAGCAAGAGAACAAAAGAGAAAUGCUCGCAAACAGAAUCUCCAAAUUACAUCGAAUCCACUCUCCAAAAGGAGUUAAGCAAGGAUGACGUCAUAGAGGGAUAUCCUCCCCCAAAACCACCGGAUGGCACCAAAUCUGAAAUUUUUUCAACUCGAAAAUUUUCCGAAUUGAAGCAAAAUGCUCUCAAGGUGAUUCCCAUAACAGAAUUACAGAGUUAUGAAUCUCUGCUAAAUCACCUCUGCGGAAGUUUGAAAUCAGACCUAGAUCGUGUCUACGCAAUUUUCUGUUGGAUUGUUAACCAACGACUACCGGUAAUAAAUGAUGUUAAACAUAUCCCAAACACAGAAUCGCCUGAAAGUUUCCUAUAUCGCAUUGUGCAAAGGAAGGGUACUUUUGCUGAACUUAUGUGUAAAAUGUGCAGACAUAUUAAUAUUCCCUGUGUCGUAAUCCACGGCUUUGAAAAAGAUUUGAGAUAUGAUGGCGAGGCAAUGCAGAGGGAAUAUCAUAAAAAUACAUGGAACGUUGUGUAUUUAGAGAAGAACUGGAGAUUUGUUCACUGUCACUGGGCAUCAAAAUUGAUAAGGGUAUAUCCUUAUGAAAAACUGGUAGGCGAGCAAAAAGAAAGUUGGUCGAAUAACUUAAUUCCAGCUAUGCAUGAUUUCUAUUUUUUAACCGACCCAUCAAUUUAUAUUUAUAAGUUUCGUCCUUUGGAUGACCGUUGGCAACUUUUAAAUGAGACCGUCAGCCAAGCAAAAUUUGAGUCUCUUUCAUACCUGCAACCAGCUUUCCACAUUCUCAAACUGGAGCUGGUAGAGAGGGAUAUCGAUUGCAUUGUGCCUAUAUCUGAGACCUUUACUUUGAAAAUCAGAAUCCCUCCCCACUGGCUUGGUAAGCUAUUCUUUGAUUACAGAAUAUAUCGCUUGCAAAUAUGUGAAGACGAUUUUGAACAGCCGGACUUGAAGCGGUAUUCUCUCCACUAUAUCAUCGACGAUAUUGCUUUUUUCGAAAUUCGGUUUCCUCCGAUGGCUGUUGGGGAAUACAACCUUCAGAUAUAUUGUAAUAUUCACUCUGAUAACAUGUCGCCAGACCUCGUUUGUAAAUUCAAAAUACUCUGCGAGAAAGGACUGGAUUCCAUAGCUCAUAUCCCCAUCGAUUCUCGAGUUGGAUUUGGUAGUUCUUCAGCGUACCCCAGCAAGCAUGGUGUAGAAGCACUAUCGCACACCAAUGGUCUAUAUCCUUGGGUUGACAACGACAUGGAAUUUAAUUUCACAUGUCCCAAAAGUAGUGAUGCAAAAGCCUUGCUGAAGAAAAUUGGUGGUGAUGAUGACAAAGACUUUGGGAAGUAUGUCAACACUGAAAAGAAAGACAACAUUGUUAAGGUUAUUGUGUAUCCCCCCGCUCAGGAACAAGGAGAAUUCGUUUUAAAGAUAUUGAUUUCGGAUCCAGAAGCUUCUGAAUUUGUGAAUGUUUAUAACUAUCUGCUAGAGAGAACAGAGUCCCAAAUCCAACGGAAGGCAAGGGAAAACCUGUUGAAGUUACUAAGGAUGGACAAUGUUAAAUCUGUAGAAAUUCGGAAGGCUAAAGAAGAAUUCCUAAAUAAUAAGGGGAAGGAUUUGGGGGAGGUAGAAAAAGCGGAUCGGAAAAUCCAUCACUUAUCACUUAAAGGAGCUUUAGAAGAAUUGCGAAGUUAUCGCAACCCGCCACUUUCCGUAGUUACUAUUCUGCAUGCAACGUAUAUUCUGCCUGGACGGAACGAGAAGGAUAUUUUGGAAUGGAGGCAUCAGAGAAAACUUCUUUGCAAUAUAGAAGUAACCCUGAAUGAUUUUGAAGUAAGACAUGUUUCAUGCAAGUGUUUAACAACAGUGAAGGAAACAUUGAAAGACAUGGAUCAAACUAAAGCUGAAAAUGCCAGUGCAGCAGCGGCUAGACUUUAUGAGUGGGCAACAAGUGUAAUCCGUAAAAUCGAGGAACAAAACAGUGAAUGAAACUAAAAGUCCAAAUCAGAUACGUGUAUGACAAUUACGAACGAACUGUUCACACUGUAUAUAUCAGAUAUGUGUAGCUUUUUAAAUUAGUUUUUAACAUCAAAAUAUAGUUUUCAAAGCCG